UUCCGCGGGCUGGCGGAAGCAGUGCGCGGGCCAUGGCUACUUGGGCGGGGGCCGAGCUGUCUGCGCUGAGCCCGCUGCGCGUGCUGUGGCUGGCACUGGCCGCCACCUUCCUGCUGAGCUUGCUGCUGCAGCUCGUGCCGCCCGGCCUGCUCCCGCGCUGCGCGCUCUUUCAGGACCUGAUUCGCCAUGGGAAAACCAAGCUGUGGGGGCCGCAGCGCCCGGCCGCCUACCGGGUCUUUGAUGUCCCCAAGAGGUAUUUUUCUCACUUCUAUAUCGUCUCAGUGCUGUGGAAUGGCUUCCUGCUUUGGUUCCUUACACAAUCUCUGUUCCUGGGAGUACCUUUUCCAGAUUGGCUUCAUGCUUUGCUCAGAAUUCUUGGGGAGGCACAGUUCCGAGGGGGUGAGCUGGCACUCUCGGCGUUCUUGGUGCUGGUGUUCGUGUGGCUACACAGCUUGAGGAGACUCUUCGAGUGCUUCUACGUCAGUGUCUUCUCCAGUGCUGUGAUCCACAUCGCUCACUACUGCUUUGGAAUUGUCUACUAUGUGAUUGUCGGACUAACUGUGCUGAGCCAAGUGCCAAUGGAUGGCAGGAAUGUUUACGUAAUAGGGAAAAAUCUACUGAUGCAAACACGGUGGUUCCACAUUCUUGGAAUGAUGAUGUUCAUUUGGUCAUCCGCCCAUCAGUACAAGUGCCACGCCAUUCUCGGCAACCUCAGGAGAAACAAAGCAGGAGUGACCAUUCACUGCAACCACAGGAUCCCUUUUGGAGACUGGUUUGAAUAUGUUUCUUCUCCUAACUACCUGGCAGAGCUUAUGAUCUACAUUUCCAUGGCUGUCACCUUUGGCUUCCACAACUUCACUUGGUGGCUAGUGGUGACAUAUGUCUUCUUUAACCAGGCCCUGGCUGCUUUCCUCAGCCACAAAUUCUACAAAAGCAAAUUUGUCUCCUACCCAAAGCAUAGGAAAGCUUUCCUGCCAUUUUUGUUUUAAGACAACCUCAGUCAUGAAGAAUGCAAGCCAGGUGACAGGUUCAGUUCCUAGAGACAUGAAGUCGGGGACCAAAGUUCCCUUUCUGCAUGGCUGUUUGAAAUUUUACACUGAAAUGUCUUCAUGGAGUGAGCAAAGCAGUGCCUUGAGAACAUGAGUUCUUCAGAGUGGCUUCACAGAAGAGCUGCUUCUGGCAGCCCUGGCAUUGCCAUGUCUGCCUUCUGCCAUGCUUUAUAAAGUCAGUCAACUGAUAAGAAGUAGAUGAGACUUCUCCAAGCUGCUUCACAAGCACCUGAGUAAGAGUGCGGACAGCUUCACACACUCACCUGAACACACCAAGGAAGACAAGAUCACCUGUGGCUGGGGUCACUUGUUAGGCACCAGUUAGCUGGACUGCAUGAUAAGGGGUGAAGUAGGUACUCAAUAAAAUAUUGGUGCAUGUCAAUACAAUGUAUGAUUCACACCAGUGGCUUUGGGAGAGCUGAGUUCAUUGGAGUUAGUUUAUACGUUCAUAUGCUACCACACAGCCCUCAGUUAGGGUAACACAGUAACCAUCUCCACUUAUCUCCCUUUCAAGUCAGCCUGACAGGAAGUUAUGAAACCUUUUUUAUGUAAUUCUCUUUUGACAUUCUCACUGAAAGCAUUGGAAAAACAAAAUAUUUUUUAUAUUAUAUUUAUGAAUAAAAAGCUUUCUUUAACUG